AUGUCAAACUUAAAGAUGAUAUCAUUCAGAGGCGACAUUCUCACUCGCAACAUCAACAACCUUAUCCUACAAGAUUUAAAUGCGUCGCAAGAUAUAUUACCUUCCACGAUGAGCACUAACAUGGUCGACCAGCGCCGCAAGGGCUUCCCCCGAGUCCACCGGUAUAUUACUACGCACAACCACGACGGCGAAGCAAUCUUUCUCUCUGGCAGCCAAGUCCCAGAAUGCGCACCUUUUCGCUCCGCAGGUGAAGAUGGCGAGCUUGCCCUGUUAUACGCAACAGAUACGUUUCCGGUCCAAUGCCAGAACGAGGUCGAUGUCGCCGUAUAUGAUUCCUACCUACACAUGCCUCCGGGUCUUACGCCAAGCCUAGGGACAAUGUUCCGCGUAAUCGAUAUGCAACCACUAAAAGAGACGCCCAUGCAUAGAACUACGACUGUUGACUAUGGAAUCGUCUUGGAAGGGGAGGUGGACCUCGUCUUGGAUAGUGGUCAAAAGAGGACACUUCGGCAGGGAGAUGUUACCAUACAGAGAGGCACAGCACAUUCAUUUCGGAAUAGAAGCGAUUCAAGAUGGUGCCGGGUGUUGUUUGUAUUUCUGCCAAUGCAGGAGCUGGUUAUUGCUGGGAAGAGGAUGGAUGAGGAGUGGUAUGAGGAGAGGUAUGAGACUAGGGAGCCUCAGGAAAGGAUUGAGCAGGAGGGGUGUCAUGAUUAG